UUUAUGGCAUCGUAUUCAUUCAACGGAAGGUGAAAGUCUGCCGGUCUGCGCUAGCGUCUGAUAUCAAUGGCUUUCAGGGCUCAUUUUAUUUGAAUGUCUGGACUUUAUAUAAUUUCUCCCCUAAGAAACCAAUGAUGGAUAUCCUAUGGAUUUUAUGGACAUUACCCUCAGUCCUGGCUAUUGAAGAAAUGUUGAUGGACUCCACCACAGCGACCGCAGAGCUUGGCUGGACAGUAUAUCCAGUGUCCUCAACAGGUGACAGCAGUGUAAGCUGGGAAGAAGUGAGUGGCUAUGAUGAGAACAUGAACACCAUUCGUACCUAUCAGGUGUGUAAUGUCUUCCACGCCAACCAAAAUAACUGGGUGCGCACCAAGUAUAUCCGAAGAAGAGGGGCUCAGCGUAUUCACGUGGAGAUGAAGUUCUCAGUGCGAGACUGCAGCAGCAUCCCAGGAGUCCCUGGUUCCUGCAAGGAAACUUUCAACCUCUACUACUAUGAAUCAGACUAUGACACGGCCACUAAAGUCCAUCCUCCAUGGAUGGAAAACCCUUGGAUCAAGGUGGAUACCAUCGCAGCAGAUGAGAGUUUCUCGCAAGUAGACCUGGGCGGACGUGUGAUGAAGAUUAACACAGAGGUUCGCAGUUUUGGUCCCGUCUCCCGUAACGGUUUCUAUCUAGCCUUCCAGGACUACGGUGGGUGCAUGUCAUUAAUCGCUGUGCGGGUGUUCUACCGGAAGUGUCCUCGCACUAUUCGGAACGGAGCAGCAUUUCAGGAGACGCAUUCGGGAGCAGAGAGCACCUCACUGGUGUCGGCGAGGGGAGAGUGCAUCCCUAAUGCAGAGGAGGUCGACGUUCCCAUUAAACUGUACUGUAAUGGAGAUGGAGAGUGGAUGGUCCCUAUUGGCCGCUGUAUGUGUAAAGCGGGUCACGAGGCAGUGGAGAAUGGAACUGUUUGCAGAGCAUGCCCUUCAGGUUUCUUCAAGACAGCACAAGGUGACGAGAAAUGCCUGCAGUGUCCAAUCAACAGCCGCACAACCAACAACGGAGCCACCAACUGCGUAUGCCGAAAUGGAUAUUACCGCACAGACUCGGACCCCUUGGAGAUGCCCUGUACAACUGUGCCCUCAGCUCCUAAAAACGUCAUCUCCAGUGUAAACGAGACGUCGCUGAUGCUGGAGUGGAAUCCUCCGCGGGAAACUGGUGGUCGUGAUGACAUUGUCUACAACAUCAUCUGUAAGAGCUGCGGAGGUGGCAGAGGGGGCUGCACGCGUUGUGGGGACAAUGUUCAGUUCGUUCCUCGUCAGCUGGGACUCACAGACACCCGGGUCUUCAUAAGUGACCUGCUGGCCCACACCCAGUACACGUUUGAAGUCCAGGCUGUCAAUGGAGUAUCAGACCAGAGCCCUUAUUCACCUCAAUAUGCAUCAGUCAACAUCACUACUAACCAGGCUGCUCCUUCUACAGUGUCUAUCAUGCAUCAGGUCAGUCGCACCAUUGACAGCAUUACUCUCUCCUGGUCCCAGCCAGAUCAGCCCAAUGGGGUCAUACUUGACUACGAGCUGCAGUAUUAUGAAAAGGACCAGACGGAGCAUAACUCUUCCAUAGUAAAGAGUCAAACCAACACCGCAGUCAUCCGUGGCCUCAAACCUGGAGGCAUUUAUGUCUUCCAGGUCCGAGCACGUACGGUGGCAGGGUUUGGACGGUACAGUGGCAAGAUGUACUUCCAGACCAUGACUGAGGAGGAGUACAACACUAGCAUUCAAGAGAAGCUGCCUCUCAUCAUUGGCUCGGCGGCUGCUGGUCUGGUUUUCCUCAUUGCGGUGGUGGUCAUCAUCAUCGUUUGCAACCGACGUGGAUUCGAGAGAGCAGAUUCAGAAUACACAGACAAGCUGCCGCACUACACCAGUGGCCACAUGUCACCAGGAAUGAAGAUCUACAUUGAUCCAUUUACGUACGAAGACCCCAAUGAAGCUGUGAGGGAGUUUGCUAAGGAGAUUGACAUCUCGUGUGUGAAAAUCGAGCAAGUCAUUGGAGCAGGAGAGUUUGGAGAGGUGUGCAGUGGAAACCUAAAGCUCCCAGGAAAGAGGGAGAUGUUCGUGGCCAUUAAAACACUGAAGUCGGGUUACACAGAAAAGCAGAGGCGGGACUUCCUGAGUGAAGCAAGCAUCAUGGGGCAGUUUGAUCACCCCAAUGUCAUCCAUUUGGAGGGAGUGGUGACCAAGAGCAGCCCUGUCAUGAUCAUCACAGAGUUUAUGGAGAACGGCUCAUUGGACUCUUUCCUCAGGCAAAAUGAUGGGCAGUUCACUGUAAUUCAGCUGGUGGGCAUGUUACGAGGGAUUGGCUCUGGGAUGAAGUACCUUGCAGACAUGAAUUACGUACACCGGGACCUGGCCGCCCGCAACAUCUUAGUUAACAGUAACCUAGUUUGCAAGGUGUCCGAUUUCGGACUCUCACGCUUUUUGGAGGAUGACACAUCGGAUCCCACCUAUACCAGUGCCCUGGGUGGGAAGAUCCCUAUUCGAUGGACAGCCCCAGAGGCCAUCCAAUAUAGGAAGUUCACCUCCGCCAGUGACGUAUGGAGCUACGGGAUUGUCAUGUGGGAAGUAAUGUCGUAUGGAGAGCGGCCAUAUUGGGACAUGACCAAUCAGGACGUUAUCAAUGCCAUUGAGCAAGACUACCGGCUGCCACCUCCCAUGGACUGCCCCAGUGCCCUCCAUCAGCUCAUGCUGGACUGCUGGCAGAAAGACCGCAACAACCGGCCCAAGUUCAGCCAGAUUGUCAACAACCUGGACAAAAUGAUCCGUAACCCCAACAGCCUGAAGGCCAUUACUCCACUCUCAUCAGGUGUGCAUUUGCCCUUGCUUGACCGCAGUGUGCCCGACUUCUCUAGUUUCAACACUGUGGAUGAUUGGCUGGACGCUAUUAAGAUGGGCCAGUACAAAGACAAUUUCGCCAAUGGCAACUUCACCAGCUUCGACCUUGUUUCCCAGAUGUCCAUGGAGGACAUUCUCAGGGUCGGAGUGACACUAGCGGGUCACCAGAAGAAGAUCCUCAACAGUGUUCAGAUGAUGAGGGCCCAGAUGAACCAGAUCCAAUCGGUAGAGGUUUGACGACGCGUCCCGAUUAGACUGGGAGGAGGACAGGAGGAGCAGGCGAAGGGCCAACAUGAAGGGAUGGGGCAGCCACUACAGACCCUAAGCCUAUUUUCCUUCUGGACCACCUAGGAUAUCCACCUGCCCCCUCCUCCAAAACACUCUCGUUCUCCAUCUGUGUUAUCUGAAUUCCCCAUUAACCCCCAGACACCCUAAUGGGCUCGAUUCGGGAAAGCUGCGUCUGGAAAAUAUGGUCACAACACCUGAUCGUUUAGCUUUAGCCACCACCAAUCACAGGAUGACCGAUCAGUCUGCCAGCAAUAGGCUCCACCCCCUACUUCCCUUGAAUUUUCCUUACUUUCCUUCCAAUUGUUUUUUUUGUUAGUAUUUUUUUAAGCGUUUUUGUAAAAAAAAAAUUAAAGCUAUGAAAACACAAGUAAUCUAUAUAAAAUAUAUAGAUUGCUGUAAAAUUGUAGACUGAAUAUGGUGGACUGAAUCAAAAGGCUACCCUUUAAAAGGGCAAUGAAGAAACAGGAGAUAAAAAAACCACAAUACAUGCUUCUGAGAUUUUCUUUCUAAUAUUUUGGGAAAAUCUUGAAUAGAAAUACUUACUGUCUGCUCAAUGGAUACACAGGGGACAACCUGCGGAACCUUAAUCCCUCUCCCCUCACUGACAGCCGAGGGAAAAGUAUGUGAAAACCAUGAAAUGGGACUUCCUUUUGGCAGCCAGUACUGCCUUGAAGAAAAAUAUGAGAUUUUUUUGCAGUUUAAACUACAUCAACAUAAACAGACAGACAAAUGGAGAAAAAAAAGUCAAAAUAGUUAUCACAGUGUUGAAUAUGUGGUGCAGAUUCUUCAUUGCUAGGGAGGAAGAAAAAAUUAACAUUUUACAGAUGUCAUAAGAGCUUGCCAAAUAGAGCAUCAUCCCUUUGUACCUUGUCCUGUACAUAUCAGAUGCACUUGUGAGGUCGUCAGUACAAGCCUGAUGUAGUCCAACAUUUAGUUUCAGUUUCAGUAUUAGAUGGAUCUAUAUUGACAUUUGAUGGAUUUUCUUUCUAGUGUGUCCGUAUAUGACUUGAGGGGGUCAUCUUUUAUAUUCUUCCUCCUUUUUGUCAUGGGCUAAGAUGAUUUAGUUUGAAAGACGGCAUAAGAUACUCUCCCCCACAAAUUGUUCAGCAUGUUUUUUCCUUGAACUGUUUAGAGUGAAGGAUACCGAGUGCACGUAUGGUGUGGUCUUCACAUCAUCUACACUCUACUUUUAUGUUUGGAUCCCUGCUGUGUGUGUGUGUGUGUGUG